AGUAGAAAACAUACAAUUUGACAGUGCUGUCAAUUGAUUGCGCUUUAUUUUUUCGGUGCCGAAAUUAAGUUCGACAAUAAGAUAACGCAGUUUUAAGUUCAAGGCCAUUUAAAAUUAAAUUGUUUGGUGAUUUCAUUAUUAUUUUGAUAGUAUUAGAAUCGAAUAGACGUUUAUUUGUGUUUUUCCCUUUCUAAAAUGUUAUGUAUCACGUGAUCGUAUAUUGAAUUUUAAUUGGUCGUCGGUGAGCGUGCCCUGCGCGACGCGAGAGGCGCAAUAAUUUUCCAAAAUGCCGUCGGAAUCUAAACCUUUGUUAGCAGCUCAAACAGAAAAACCGAACCAUUACAACUCUGAGUCUACGAUUUUAUGUUCCAGAUAUCUAAAGGAGUUUCGAGUAGAGCAGUGUCCGUCUUUCUUACAACACAAAUGUACACAACAUAGGCCUUUUACUUGUUUUCAUUGGCAUUUUAAUAACCAAAGACGACGAAGGCCUGUCCGCAAAAGAGAUGGGACUUUCAACUAUAGCGCUGAUAACUACUGUACAAAAUAUAACGAGACAUCAGGCAUUUGUGAAGAUGGGGACGAAUGUCCGUACCUGCACCGCACGGCGGGCGACACGGAGCGGCGCUACCACCUGCGCUACUACAAGACGUGCAUGUGCGUGCACGACACGGACGCGCGCGGGCUGUGCACCAAGAACGGCGCGCACUGCGCCUUCGCGCACGGCGCGCCCGACCUGCGCCCGCCCGUGCUCGACGUGCGCGAGCUGCAGGCGCUCGACAACCCCGACGCCGCCGACGCCGACGCCGCCGCGCCCAACGCCUUAGAUAGAGAAAGAAAUCUACAGAAUGAAGACCCUAAGUGGCAAGAUACAAAUUAUGUACUAUCAUCAUAUAAAACGGAGCCGUGUAAAAGACCACCUAGGUUAUGUAGACAAGGAUAUGCAUGUCCCCAAUAUCACAAUAGUAAAGAUAAACGUAGAUCACCGCGUAAAUAUAAGUAUCGUAGUACCCCGUGCCCUAACGUGAAACACGGCGAGGAGUGGGGGGAGCCUAGUAAUUGUGAAGCGGGCGACGGGUGCGGGUACUGUCAUACACGCACAGAGCAGCAGUUCCACCCCGAGAUCUACAAGUCCACCAAGUGCAAUGACGUGCAGCAGGCCGGCUACUGCCCGCGCGGCCUCUUCUGUGCCUUCGCGCACGUCGAGCCUGAGGAGCUGGGAGCACGCGAACUAGCCGGCGCGCUGGACUGCGGCACCAGCCUCGCCGACCUGCUGUCCUCCGCGCUGCCGCCCGACAAGAAGCCCGAGCGAGCCGCCUCCCCCGCGCCGCACGCGCUGGCGCCGCUCAGCAACGGCUCCGGCGACGGCUCCGAGUGUGCCUCCACGUCGUCCGGCGGCUCCGCGCCCCGCGCCGCCGCGCCCGACCUCAAGCCCGCGCCCGCCUGGCCCGCUCGUGCCACCUUCGACGCCGCCGUGCUGCACGACGUGGUGGGCAACGCGCUCGACGACCUGCACCUCGACGACCCGCUCAACCUGGUGGCCGCACUCGACCGCGACCUGGCCGACGGCGACGGCCUGCUGUCCGGCUCCGCGCCCGUCAACAUCCCGCAGCGUCCCACCUUGCGCGGCUUCAGCCCGCCCGCCGCCGGCUCGCCUCUGCCGCCCUUCCUGCGCUACGCUAACGACGCCGAGCGCUUGUUCAACUCGCACGCCAUCAAGGCGGGCAGCUUCGGCGGCGGCGGCGGCGGCCCGUUCGAGUUCGCGGCGGCGUCGCCGUCGGGCCCGGCGGAGCUGUCGCGGCUGCGCGAGGAGGUGGUGGCGUCGCGCGCGGCGGUGGCGCGCUGGGACGAGCGCAUCGCGCAGGCGCGCUCGGCGUGCGAGGCGUGGAAGCGCGAGGCGGACGAGGCGGCGCGCGCGGCGGCGCUGGCCGAGCGCCAGCGCGACGAGGCGCGGCAGCACGCGCUGUCGCUGCGGCGCGAGCUGGACGCGGCGCGGGCGGCCCUGGCGCCGCGCCGCGACCUGCGCGGGCUGCCGCUCACGGCGCUCAAGGCGCUGCAGGCGCAGGCGCGGCUGGAGCUGGAGGACAUCGAGAAGGUGCUGUACCUGGAGACGGCCACCAAGUGCAUGGUGUGCGAGGAGCAGCCGCGCAGCGUCACGCUGGCGCCGUGCAACCACUACGUGCUGUGCGACGCCUGCGCCGCCACCACCGCCGAGUGCCCCUACUGCCAGACGCCCGUGCAGCAUCAUCAGUAGCCGCAGCCUCUCUACCCACAUCUUUCUGAGGUUGCUCUAUCUAUUUAGAAAUCAUCUUGAGGCCUAGGCUACUAGGUAAUCUUCUAAAUGCCGACGUUGAACUAUCACGUCGGGUCAAUCCGAGAAACUAAAUCCUUAUUCACCAACUGAUAUACUAUUAAUCAAAUGACGACUAAAGUUGAAUAUCUUCAUUGUUAACUUAUCAUGUUCACCUGCUCACCAAAGUUGCAGAUAAUUAUAUUAUGGAGAAAUAUACUACCUUUGUUGGUAUAUAUUAUUAUCAGAUUGAUUGAUAUUUAUAACUGACAUAUAUACUAGAACAUAAUGUUAUGGAUAUAAUGCUUUUGAUGUUAACAUUUUUGUUUAUUAGCCUCUCGUGUUAGUGGACUGUUGCUUUUACUCGUACAGAUACAACAAAAUAUAUAUUAUAGGUAUUUAUGAGGUUUUAUCUUGAAAAUUAACCUUUGUGGUUAUGCUUUCACCAAUUAUCGUAGAUGUUAAGAAAAUUUUGUAUCGAUUUGGAUAUUCUCAUUGUGACUCAAUUUAUAUGUAAGUUAUAUAUUAUAUAUUGAUAUUGAUGGAAGCACGGCCAUGAAUAUAUUAGUGAUUAUAAGUAUCGGAGAAUAUUAAAGUGUAGUAUUUAGUUUUAUACAGAUAUCUACAAAUCAUUUUACAUAUUCAGAUUAGAAUAAUUAUAAUGGUGUACUGACAGUGUAACACGGCUAUUGAGUGUGGCUUGUAUCGGCUUGCUCGUGUUUAUCGCAUUACAUCAUUUUCACUAAUAACUAGCUAUCUAAGGACCAAAUUUUUCUAUUAAAAUAUUGAAAUUACGAAUAGUAGUUGAGUAGGCGCGUGAGUGCCCUCUAUAGAUCGAACGACUCUAACUGCUUUACAUAUUUGUCUAGAUGCCCCACGUUUGAGAAGCCGUAUAUAUUUUUGUAGACACUAAAUUUAGCGCUUCACUAAAGAGAUUUUCAUGAUCAUCUCUAAAAGAAGUACUGAAUAAUUCAUAAUCGAUUUCUAUCAAGCGUGUUUUCCGCUUUUUGCGAUUAAAAGAAUCUUAUAUAGUUAUAAACUUUUGUUGUACUCGCGACCUCUAGCGGCGGCGUGAACGAAUGAACUUUCUCGACGGACAAAUGAUUGUGUUUGUAGAAGGUCUAUCUAAUACAAGACAAGAUAAUGCUAUAAUUAGAGAAGUAGAGUACAUUUAUGGUAUUAUAAGUUGUACUAAAUCUAUUGAUAAUGUGACAAGACAAGAAUGUUUCAACGACAUAUUCUGUAUCGUGUCUGUAUUGGAUGUAAGCGACUGAAGUUAGUAGCAGUCUAGUGCGCGCUAGACUGACGAGAUAGGGUAUUGAAGAAUGUAAGGUAAAGUAUAAGCUGUCGGUAGAUGUAUGUAGUUUUAUUGUUAAAUAAUAUCAUGACACUAAUCUACCGCCGCUAGAGUUCGCCCGUAAAAGUAGAUUUAUUAUACAAACGUAGCGCAUUUUAUGUUAACAUUCCCAAAUAAUCACUAGAUAUUAUAUUUAUAUUAAAGUAUCCCUAUCAUUAUCUUUCUCAAUAUAGAGGAGUAACUGAAUUAUUACAG